AUGCCUAUAAACGUAUUUCUUGCUUAUGUAGAUACUUACAUUGGAAAGCAUCUGCUUCAACAAUUUGAACACAAACCAACACUCUUUUCAGUCCAUGGAUGUGUUUGGGAUAGGGAUAAUAUUACAAAUAUCUCUGACCAAUAUGACCUUCAGGCUACAAGUCAGAUGGCAUCCAUCUGUAGUGAUCAAGUAAAAGGACGCUCUUCUGAUCGGAUUAAAAGCAAAGCAGAUACAGAGCAGCUUGAAACUUCAAUGCCGGGAAAGGGUGUGUCUUCUACUUCUAUGAUUUCUUGUAGAUUUUUUUGGCGACGUGACGGCGCAUCGGUGCAAAAAGCUCUCAGAGACUGUGAAUGGAUUGUGGUGGAGCAGCGAGAGGCCCAAGACAUUUUUGACAUUCUACAAACUUUCCAAAAUCAACAGGGACAUUCACAGGUAUCUUCGCCAGCUUUAGGUUCUUCAGAAAAAAAUGGAACCUCUUCUUUUUUCCAGAAACCUAAAAGGUUUGUACUGCUUUCUAACUUUAUGAGUUGGUUUGCGACGCCCCCACUCCACGGAUUAUCGUUUUCUCAGAAAGUGGAAACCGAUCACGUACAGGAUGAACCGAAUGACGAUUCAGACAAUAAGCUAGAAGACAAUGAUGAAGAUGUGGAAAUAGACGCGCCUUAUCCACCGCCCCCAGAGGGGGACAGUGCUUCUUUACUAGAUGAAACCGAAGAAAAUAAUGACGAGGAAGAAGAUCAAGGUGAAGGAAUUGAACUUGACAAGAUCGCCGACAAGAAAGAAAUACUAACCGAGGAUCAGUACAACCGUCGUAUUCCGCACAUCAAAUAUUUUAACUGGCGCGAUGCCGAGAAAGCCGUGGCGUCGGCCCAUCGUGCCCAUGGACUUACACUGGAUACUUUUGUCAUCUUCGCUGGGUUGGCUUACGGUGAAGGCGAGGAUAUCCUCGAGCCGUUUUUUCGCCAAUCCUGGAAUGCGACGAUGGAGAAUCAAAGUGGGGAUCAAAAUCACACACUGCCGAUUUUCGGCAUCGGUGAUCAGCGCGUGCCGAUGAUUCACGUAAAGGAUUUGGCCACUUUCACGCGAAAACUCUUAUGUUGCCCAUCCCAGAUGCUACCCCCUCAGCGAUACAUCUUCGCUACCGACAGCGAUAAGCAGCUCUCAUGGAGCACAAUCAUUAAAUCUAUUAAUCAGGCAUUUGGGGGUGCUUGUGCAUUGCAGAUGGUAAAAACGGCUGACAAUCCUUUAUAUAGCAAUAUUGAACACUUCACGAUUGAUUUGUGUUUAGAACGAGGGGCAAUUAAGACGAUCAUGGAGAUGAAGGAAGAUACAUUCUCCGUAGAGGGACGAACACAACUCAAUCUUGAUGCAAACGAUCAGUACAUGAAUGAGGCUAUGCACGAUGAGACAACGGAAACAGGGACGUGGGUUUCAGAGGGCGGCUUUAAGCGAAAUAUCGAAAAGAUUUCUUUGGAGUUCCGCGUCGCACGAAACGUAAUCCCCAAACGGGUUCUGAUCCUUGGGCCCCCGCUUUCCGGUAAGUCUUACCUUGCUGGCAUGCUCGCUCGCUACUAUAAGAUACCUCUAUUUAGUAUUGAAGACGUCGUGGAAGCCUUUCGUGAAAAUUUACGCGAAUGUAAGAAAAAGUUAGAGGACUACCGGACAAAGCUUAUCCAUGACGAAGAGGAACGUCGACUAACAAUUAAGACAAGUCGCAUUAGACGCGUGUCACGACUUCGAAAAAAGAGAGCGAUGCUGGUAGAACUAAACCAAGCAGAAGGAGAUGAAAACAACCACGAGGUAGAGAAUGAAGGAAGGGAUAUGAUACAGAGAAAUGGAAAACAGCAGCUUGUUAACGCCGUUGGUGGAAAAGACGUGCAAUCCGAAUACGCGUACGGCACCAGCGGUGCGGCCGAAAAUGAUGGCGAAAGCGACCUUGCACCGCCGUGCACCCUCUCGCCUGAGGAGCUGAAAGAAGUCGAGCAUGUUAUAGAUGAAAAAAUAGCGAACAGUCCUGUGGUGGAACGAUGGCGCAAUAAAAUUGCUGAGAUGGAGCGUAUCUUGCUCAUGAAGGUGCGACUUUCGACUGUCUUUACGGCAGAUGAUCUCAUGAACGCCGCUUCCAGCAGCAAACGUGCGGCCAACAAGUCAAACUUAUCGAAAAAGCGACUUGCAAAGGAGCAGCAACGGAAAAAAGAGGAGGAGGAGCUGCAGCAAGCCAAGGAUGCUCUACAAGAUGCCCCUUUUCAGGAUCAAGGGCUUGCUUUAAUGCUGAGGUGGCGACUGGCCUGGCCGGACUGCCGUAAUCAUGGCUAUAUUCUCGUUGGCUUCCCGCAAAAUCUCCAGCAGGCACGCUACAGCUUCAGCAGGGAACCGCUUAUUUCCCCUGCCACUGAGGAAGAGGCCCUUAACCCGCGUCCCACCUCACAGGUGAUGGGGGCUGACCUCGCGAACGAGAAUGGGGAGGCAGACGAUGGCCAACACAACACACAGAAUCAAGAGCUCUCGGACGAGGGUCGUCUUCCGGACGAUGUUUUGAUACUUUGCGCAGACGAUGAGUAUCUUCUUAAGCGUUGGAAUGCUUUGUCUGGAAUCAAAGCGCUGAACACCUUUAAUGAGUCAUGCGCGUCUGACAACCAAGUCGCUGGAAAUUCGGCUAUGCUUUCUCCAAAUGAUGGCGGAAUAGAACUAUCGCCCAACAGUAAGAAAAGUAACACGCUUUCUUCCUCAAUGGUGACAAGUGAGUAUAAAAAAAAGACAGUUGAAGCUUUUAAUGAAGAGCUUGAGAUGUUCAAACAGCGAUUUGGUACUAUAUACGAUUCAAGUGUUCCCAGUCGAAGACGAAGCGGCAGUGUGGUGACGUUGAAGUCAUCCAAUGGGCAACCACACAGUAUGCUGAACUAUUUCGAGUGCGCCAUUUCGGUUUCAACAAGCAUCACUCCAGGUGGUCGUCGUAUCCGAGUUCACCAGAUGACUGUCCAAAAAGAGCCGCUGAUUCCUCCGCCAGCUCCAAAAUCUAAGUACGAACUUCCCCCACCUGCUGCCUUGGAACUCGCGGCUCAGCAAAAGUUGGGCCCCCCCCAUUAUUUUGGUAAAACACCACUGGAGGUGCAUCAGGAAACGGUUCGCCGUGUUCGCUUGGAAGAGGAACGAAUCUGUGCAAAGAAGAACCUGGAGCAAGAGAUUCGCAAUCACGAACAAGCGGCUUAUGAAGAAGAGUUUAACGCCAGAGAAAACGCAAAUCGUGAUUUGCUUGCUAUACAAGCCAAGGAUCGCGCAGCUCUUGAGGAACGAAAGGACCCCCUUCAAAAAUUCCUAAUGAAGCAGGUGAUGCCAUUGCUCAGCAAAGGUUUAGUUAAGGUUUGCGAGCAGCGCCCUGAGAAUCCAACUGAAUACUUAGCCGAGUGGCUACUUCGACACAAUCCACAUAAUGAAAUAUUUUCCGACCUAUGA